AUGAAAAACCUGAAGCUGUACACGGAGAUUUCUCAGAAUCUAGAAUUACAAUCGCUGCAAGAAGUUCUCCUCUUCUCCGCUUUCGACAUCGAACGCAACCGCCUCUUCUUCGCUUCUUCGGCGAAUAUCAUUUACACAGCUCAUCUUUCUUCUUUCCAAAAUGGAAAACGGAAAAGCUUGUUAUUACCGUCGGAGAUUAAUCAGAUUGAAUUGGAAGACGGAGACUUAAUUACUGCAUUUGAUUAUCUAAUGGAGAAAGAAUCCUUAAUUAUUGGAACGGAAAAUGGUCUUUUAUUAUUGCAUAAUGUUGAUGAUAAUUCCACUGAAAUCGUUGGUCAAGUUGAAGGCGGGGUUAAGUGUAUCUCGCCGAGUCCGGACGGUGAUUUGCUUGCUAUUCUUACUGGUUUCGGACAAAUGUUAGUUAUGACUCAUGAUUGGGAUUUGUUGUAUGAAACUGCCAUUGAGGAGAAGGAAAAUUACGGUGAUGGUGCUUGUCUUGACGUACGUGAAUUGGACGGCAAGAAUAUGUAUGAGGGUUCUGUUUCAUGGCGAGGUGAUGGGAAAUAUUUUGCAACUAUUAGUGAAGUGAGUGAUUCUUCUGCCUUGCUGAAGAGGAUUAAGGUUUGGGAACGGGAUUCUGGUGCGUUGCAUUCCACAUCAGAUUCGAAGGUACUUAAGGGGGCGGUUUUGGAAUGGAUGCCAAGUGGAGCGAAAAUUGCUGCCGUGUAUGAUGGAAAAGCAGAGAACAGGUGUCCUGAUAUUGUUUUCUAUGAGAGGAAUGGGUUGGCUAGGAGUUCUUUUGGUAUUAAAGAAGCAGUGGAUGCAACAGUGGAAAGUCUUAAGUGGAAUUGUAGUUCGGACCUUCUUGCAUCUGUUGUCAGAUGUGAGAAAUAUGAUGCUCUUAAGGUCUGGUUUUUCAGCAACAACCAUUGGUAUUUGAAACAUGAAGUUAGGUACUCAAGGCAGCAUGGAGUGAGGUUCAUGUGGGAUCCAGUAAAGCCACUACAGUUGAUUUGUUGGACUCUUGGAGGCCAGAUCACAAUUUACAACUUCGCUUGGAUUUCUGCUGUGAUGGAGAACUCAACAGCAUUGGUCAUUGAUGACUCCAAAAUACUUGUAACUCCACUUUCUUUAUCACUAAUGCCUCCUCCCCUUCAUUUAUUCAGCCUCAAAUUUCCAAGUGCAGUUAGGGACCUGGCUUUAUAUUCCAAUAACUCUAAGAAUAGAGUGGCUGCAUUUUUAUCAGAUGGCUCUUUGGGUGUUGUAGAACUUCCUGACCCAGAUACAUGGGAGGAACUUGAAGACAAAGAAUUCAGUGUUGAAGCUUCUAUUUCUGAGACAGGUUUCGGAUCCUUUGUACACCUGUCAUGGCUGGAUUCACACAUAUUACUUGCUGUUUCUCAUUAUGACUUCACUCAUAGUAAUUGCGCAUCCCACAGCUCAAUGAGUGAGGAUGGAUUUAGUGGUUUUUGUUUGCAGGAAAUUGAACUAGUGUGUUCUGAGGAUCAUGUACCAAGUUUGGUAACAGGAUCAGGCUGGCAUGCAAAGGUUUCCUGUAGAAACUAUUUGGAAGGGCUUGUGAUUGGCAUUGCUCCUAACCCUGCUAAGAAAUGUUCAGCUUUUGUUCAGUUUGAUGGUGGAAAAGUUGUUGAGUAUACGUCAAUGUUGGGCUUGGCUGUUACUGGAGGUUCAACAAAGCAUGAUUAUAUGAGCUUUUCAUCAUCUUGCCCUUGGAUGAGUGUGUCUCAGGUCAGUGACAGUGGGUCAUUAAAGCCCUUGCUUUUUGGUCUUGAUGACAUUGGGAGGCUGCAUUUUGAAGGGAAAGUACUAUGCAACAACUGCAGUAGUUUCUCAUGCUACUCAAAUUUGGCUGACCAAGUAAUUACUCAUUUGAUACUUUCAACCAAACAAGACUUUCUCUUUGUUGUGGAAAUAAGUGAUAUACUGCAUGGUGAAAUGGAGUUGAAAUAUGAGAACUUCGUCCACACCGGUAACAGAAGAAAAGAAGAAAAUAUGAACUUCAUAAAUAUUUGGGAAAGAGGUUCCAAAAUUGUUGGUGUCCUGCAUGGUGAUGCUGCUGCUGCUAUUAUACAGACAACUCGGGGAAAUCUGGAAAGCAUUUGCCCAAGAAAGCUGGUCCUUGCUUCAAUUGUCAACGCUUUGAUCCAAAGGCGUUUUAGGGAUGCACUGCUGUUGGUCAGGCGGCACAGAAUAGAUUUCAAUAUUAUUGUUGACCAUUGUGGUUGGCAAACUUUUCUUCAGUCAGCUUCAGAAUUUGUCAAACAGGAAAACAUUAUGGAGACUCUAUACAAAAAUUAUAUUACUACACCCUGCCAAAAUGGAGCUGGAGAUGUUCAAACUAAGGAUUUUGUGGCUUUAGAUGCUUCCAGCAAGGUUUCUUCUCUCCUCCUGGCAAUAAGGAAGGCUCUUGAGGAACAAGUCACCGGAAGUCCUGCAAGGGAGCUUUGCAUUCUAACCACUCUAGCUCGCAGUGAUCGCCCUAUGCUUGAGGAAGCUUUGGAAAGAAUCAAAGUUAUUCGUGAAAUGGAAUUAUUAGGUUCAAGUGACCCUAGGAGGACAUCCUAUCCUUCUGCUGAAGAAGCUCUGAAGCAUCUUUUGUGGUUAUCUGAUUCCGAUGCCGUAUUCGAAGCUGCCUUAGGACUUUAUGAUUUGAACCUUGCAGCUAUUGUGGCACUGAACUCUCAACGAGACCCAAAGGAAUUUCUUCCUUAUCUACAAGAAUUAGAAUGCAUGCCAAGCCUCAUAAUGUGCUACAAUAUUGACCUUCGGUUGCACCGGUUUGAGAAGGCUCUCACACAUAUUGUUUCCGCUGGUGAUGCUUAUUAUUCUGAUUGUAUGAACCUCAUGAUCAAAAAUCCUCAAUUAUUUCCUCUAGGUCUUCAAAUGAUCACUGAUCCUGCAAAGAAAAUGCAGGUCCUUGAAGCCUGGGGUGAUCAUCUUAGUUAUGAAAAAUGUUUUGAGGAUGCUGCAACAACUUAUUUGUGUUGUUCCAGUUUGGAAAACGCCUUGAAGGCAUAUCGCGCUUGUGGUAAUUGGACUGGGGUGCUUACUGUUGCUGGGCUCCUUAAACUGGAAAAGGAUGAGAUAAUGCUUCUGGCUCAUGAUCUUUGUGAAGAGCUCCAAGCACUCGGUAAACCAGCAGAAGCUGCCCAAAUUGCCCUGGAGUAUUGUGGAGAUGUUAACAGUGGGAUUAAUUUAUUAAUUAGUGCAAGGAACUGGGAGGAGGCUUUGAGGGUUGCUUUUAUGCAUAGGCAAGAGGAUCUGGUAUUGGCAGUGAAGAAUGCUGCUUUAGAUUGUGCAAGCACACUAAUCAGUGAAUACAAAGAAGGCUUGGAGAAGGUGGGGAAGUACUUGACUCGCUAUUUAGCUGUACGACAGAGAAGAUUACUUCUGGCAGCAAAGCUUCGGUCGGAGGAACGGUCAAUAAAUGAUCUGGAUGAUGAUACUGUUUCAGAAGCUAGCAGUAAUUUCAGUGGCAUGAGUGCCUACACCACAGGAACAAGGAAGGGCUCUGCUGCUUCUGUAACCUCCAGUGUCACUAGCAAGGCAAGAGACAUGAGGCGUCAGCGGAAGAGAGGAAAAAUUCGCCCUGGCAGCCCUGAUGAGGAGUUAGCACUGGUAGAGCAUUUGAAAGGCAUGUCUCUAACGGCUGGAGCCAAGCAUGAGCUUAGAUCUUUAUUGGUUACCCUUGUGAUGCUUGGUGGGGACGAAAUUGCAAGAAAGCUACAAUUGGCUGGAGAGAAUUUUCAACUGUCUCAGAUGGCAGCUGUCAAACUAGCUGAAGAUACAAUUUCUACUGAUAUCAUAAAUGAGCAGGCACACACUUUGGAGCAUUACAGUAGACAAAUGAGAAGUGAACUGCCAAAUUUAGAUUCUUUUUCUUGGCGAUCUAAACUGUGGUUAGAUACAUGUAGAUUCGCUCCACUGCAUGGUUACCUUGCUUGUAGACUAGGGUGCCGUUGUCGCUGGCCAAGUAGUUCCAAAUCUGAAUUGCGUUCCUUUAUGCUUGCUCGUGAGGAAUCAGUGGUUGUUAACAAGACCCAAGAUGGUUUUAGAGGGAGGAAUGCCGAAGUUAUUGUAUGGUAUAACAAAAUGAUUUGUGUGAUCACCUCUGCUCUACGGAUGAUUGCAUCUGAAGAGGCCAGGAACAAUAUUGAUGGUGGGGGAGAUGGACCGCAGGGAGCACUCUUACACAGAUUGCUUUCGAUUUCUAAGCUGCUCGGCAAAAGAUGUCUCUGUUCUCUACAAGCCAAACAGCUACUGUUGCCUGAGCAGAUAGCAUGGCAAAUGAAAGAAAUGCCUGAUAAGUAA